AUGAAUCCAGAGGAGAGCGAGACCCCCGCCGGACCGCCCCUCGUCACCAUGAAGGAGCUCACCUUCUUCCCGGUGUGCGCCGAGUUCAUCAAACCCACCAAAUUAGUGCCUAGGGACACGGAGCAAUUAAAGAUGGCAGAGUUGAGUUUCACGGUCAGCGGGAAACACUUCGAGGGGGAAUUCAUCAGCAGUGAGGUUGAAUCAGGAGACGACACCUUCCGGGUGCAGCUGCGGCUCUGUUUAUGGGACCCCCGAGGCCCUCAAGAAGACUGUCUUCCUCCGCAAUUGAUCAUCAUCGCCAACGGGAAGUUAUGUUUUCCACCUGUGGAGGCCAACGGUAAACGUUACAACCGCCCCGUGGAUAUCACCCAUGUCGUGCGCCCCUCUGACGAAGUGCCCAAUGCCGUCAUGCUCCUUUGGUCACUGAGCGACACGCGGGACUUCGCCAUGUCCGUGUGCUUGGUGAAGCAGUUUACUGCUGAGGAGUUAGUGCAGCAAUUGAGGAAGAAGGCAUCAUUCCCUUCAUCCAGGACAGUGUCCAUGAUCAGGGAGGCGAUGCCGGCAGUCCGUGAUCCUUCUUUUGGCCUCAGAAGGCUCCGCGUCUCCCUCGUGUGCCCGCUGACACAGGGACUCGUUUCCGUGCCCUGCCGUGCGGUAUCCUGCAGCCACGUCCAGAUUUUUGAUGCUGUCCCGUUUCUGCAGAGGAAUGAGGAGGAGGAAACUUGGAGGUGUCCUGUCUGUGACCAGGAGGUUGUCUAUCGAAACCUCGUCGUAGAUGAAUAUUUCUGCGUCAUCCUCCGUGCUAUCACCCGUGAAGAGAUUGACUGUGAAGAGAUCGACAUUUUGCAGGAUGGUACCUGGGUCCCGGCCAAUAUGCGCCUGGAUCUAUUAGAGAUGGCUGGGAAUCCCGGCUACUGUGGCCUACGUUGCCAACGACAACGAUUGAAACUGAAAAAGAAGGUUCAGUGUGCCACCUUGGUGGAGGUCACUGACUCGUCCGCAGAAGUUGAGGCUUCUAAGAAACUGCCGGGUCCCCACCCUGGGGCAGCCAACCUGCCCUCAACCAGCACCGCAGGGACAAGCACCGCUGCACAGGGGCCAGCCCAAGGCAGUGAAAACCAGACCGAAGUCAUGAGGGUCAAAGUCGUACCCCAACCUCGUGAAGUGUGCGAAGCAAGGAUGAGCAAGUUUCGUGAGAUGUUCGAAAUCCACAGCCCCCCGCGUGAAAGGAUGAGACGACAACGAAGAAAGUCCAGGAUUCCAUCGGGAGUACUGAGGGAUUUACUCAGCUGUGGUAGUUACCUUGGCUCCGGCAAUGUCCCAGCUGGCCGUCCACCUGACAGCAGCCAGGAGAUUGAUACAGAUGACCCGAUGGACAGCAGCUCAUCCAGUGAAGAGCUGCAGACUCCGGCCACGACACCCAACACAGGGGUGAGAAGACCUCAGCAGCCGGGAGGCGAGUCCAGCAGUCUGGAUACCCGCGAUUGUCCCUCCAGCCGACCUAAACAAUAGGUGCCAGCCUGUCCCCAACCCUCUCCCUUUGCAGCACUCCGACUCACCUGUCUUGACUGCUCACAACACCUGUGACCUGGGGCCCAGUUGCUGCCACCCUCCAGCCCCAUCCCCAGCUUGCCCCACCCCACUAGGAGAAGCCAGAAGCCGUUUCUUUCCAGGCUCAACCCAUAGUCCUGUUCGCCCCAGCUUUAAGGAAUUGGGUCCCCCCACCUUUGUUGGACCCGUUUUGAUAACUUGUGUUCAGGGGUUUCAGAAGAGGGGACACUCAUGGGGCCCCCUGCCUUUCCCUCCCCAGCUUCCCCAUCCUCUAACUCUUGUCUUCGUUGUACUUUGAGGUCGGUGGCCGGGUUUCCCAGCCAUAAUGUUAUGGAACCUGCUUAGGAUUUUAUUGUAUAUCGGUAGAAAAAAGUUGAUCUCACUCCAUUACCUUCAAUAAACUUUCACCGUUUUCUGAA